UAAUUUAAGUUAUUAAAGCUAAUAAGAUUUUAUCAGUCACCGGAACAAUUUGUCCAGUGGAGGCGCAAACACACAGGAAAAACUGUCAACUGUCAGGAAUACCUUCCCAUACGCAAAUGUUAAGAUGUACUACCCUGUUCUAAAGUCGUGUGAGUAGCUUACUGACCAUGUGUAAGAGUAGUUAGUGGUUCACCGAUAUUCUGCGAUUGUUGUGAGUAGAGUAUAGACCAGUUACCUAUUGAGACCCAGGUAACCAGGUGAGGUGAGUUAACUGUAAUUACUGCUCUAAUUGAUUGAGUGCAGAGUAACAAUGAAAACCAGCAGACCCUAUAGCUCUCCAGGACCAGGGCUGCAGACACUGGUGUAGAUUUUGUAUAAUGGUGCAGAAGAUUUUUGCUGACCCUCUAUAAUGGUCUCGAGAGGGCUACUAACCCUGGGUGAUGAUGGAGAGUGGUUUGCUGACCUGGGGCAAAGGUGGUAAGUAUUUACUGACCUGAUGUCAGGACAAUCGGCCAUCGCUGGAGGGAUUUGUCCUUUGUUGUUGCCAAAGAGAGACUCCCUACUCUGGAUGAAGAUGCAGGCCAGGAGAAAAGCUGGCUUGGAUGAGAAAGGGCUUCAUGGGAACGGACAGUGGACUGUGUGUAUAUAUCUUCAGGUCUAUUUCUUUUGCAGGUUACUCUCCUUCGGAAUUUCUGAAGACUGCUGCCACAGACGAAGGAGGACGCGGGACGAAGCCACUAUGACCUUUUCUUUACUGGAAACAUAAUACACGCCAUAUAACAGCACAUAAAAAAAUAUUAUCUGUAUUCGUGCAAAUUGCUUAUUGAAUAAUUAGCCUAGAUAAAGUUAUAUAAACUUGUAGUUAUAUCAAAUCAAAUAGCCUCCACCAAAGGCUACCUUUCUUUUUUCGUCUUCUCCUUCACGCUUUCUUUUUCAGUUGCUAUGGAUAUCCUUUAGUAUUUAAAUACGGGUUUCCUCAAUGGGUAACGUAAGAAAGGUUUAACUGCCACUGGGAUUCAAUAUCUUGCUGGCGAUCCCAUCUCCACCUAUCCAUCCCGGCGCGCGACACUUCGAUCUUGUGUUGUUGGUGGUGGUGGUGGAGGGGGGGGGGAUUCAUUCACGUAAAGUGUGUUUCUGAGCGACAGAUUUUCUCAUGAAGGUGGUGUUUUUCGUAGCUACACAGUGACGUUAUGAGGCUGGUCCUGGUCAAACCUACCAAUAGGACGAGCCGGCUUGACUCUACUGGGGCUGUUCGCAAUGAAAGGGUGCCAGAUUAUUACAGCGCAAGGGAGCAGCCACAGCAAGACGAAGCUGUAGAGGGGAUGCAGCAUCGGUACUCGGGAGCUGUCUUCCAGCACCAAGCAUCUAGCCAGGAGCAAAGAAGCGCUGACAGCAGUGCGAGCUAUUCUCAAAAAGGAGCAUCGAUUAGAACCCCUCCAGUCUGUAGCUUGCCGCCGCCGCCACCGCCGCACAGGCAACGUACCACAACCUUAUAUCAACAGAACAAUCAGGAGCUGCCCAACCCAAGCCUUUUCAACCGGCAAGACACCACUCCUCGUCAACUGCCGCAAGACGGUGCACAGCGACUGACAAGCCACGGAGCCGGCCACCAGCGACCCCCGAACGACGGCUGCGGCUUCGCGAGUCAACCCGCGCCACGUCUGCAGCAGAAUCUUGAGGCCACCGGCUUUCAUCCGCAGUCGGAACAACCCUUUUAUCAGGACUGCCACUGCGGUCUUUCUAAGGAGGCGAACCCUUCUCGCCAGCGCCAGCCCCUCACGCACCCACAGCCCUCCCCGCCGCCGCCGCCGUCGUCGCUGCUGUUUCUGCAGAGUCCAAAUCGGGAGGAUAAUUUGAAAAAGACUGCUAAUUACCAACAGGAACACCUCGCCUGUAGCUGCAGGAGAGAAGGAGGGCGACAAGACCAUAACCAGUUGUUGCAGCAACAGCAGCAAACCCAUAAUCAUUUAAAGAUACAACGGCAGAACCCCUCCUCUGGUUCAAUUAUACAAAACCCACACCAGGCACUGAAUAUAAAUGCAUGCGAUUCGAGCGAAGUGAACCAACGGUUAUUUUUGUUUCAACCUCAGGACCUGCAGCAACAACCGCCGCCACAAUUGCAGGCGCAGCAACAGCGACUGGUGGGCAGCAGCUUUCCCAACAACUACUGCGCCAACGGAUCGGGAGAGCUGCUGAAUAGGAACCAGCAACCACUACUGUUGCAGCAGCAUCAACAGCAAGACGCACACUGGCAACACCUCUGUGACCAAGACUGCAAGGGACCAGGCGAGAAAAACACAUCCUAUCAACAUCAGUGCCACCAACCUCCAGGCAAUCCACCCUGCUGCCCGCUUGUGAGAAACUUAUCUGCGGCUAGCAGCGACAAAAGCAGCCACCCCUCUUCCUACAGCAACCGCCUGUGGCCGGAGAACCACCACCAAGAAGGAAAACAUACCCGACCAGAGGAACAGCUGGUAAAUGCUGAGCCGAAGAAGCUAAGCCAUGCUGGAUCCAAGCGCUCCCUCCCAGAGAGCAGUUUCCCAUUCCCUGAGAUAGCCAUGAACAGCUGCAAGUACAAUGGGGGCGUGGUGAGACCGCUGGGCAGUCUGGGUGCGUCCCGGCGCAACCUCGCGGAGCUCGACUCCGAGACCCAGCCCCUCCAGACCCUGCACAGCUCCGGCCUGGAGGUGGUGGUCUCCAAGGGCAACGGCGAGGACCCCAGCAAGGCGUCCAGCGAGAGCCUGACCAGGGAGGGAGGCAAUGCGCCGCAGAAGAAGAACAAGGACAUCGGCUACAAGCUGGGCCACCGGAGGGCGCUCUUCGAGAAGCGGAAGCGGCUGAGCGACUACGCCUUGAUCUUUGGGAUGUUCGGUAUCGUCGUCAUGGUGACGGAGACGGAGCUCUCCUGGGGGGUUUACACGAAGGAAUCUUCAUAUUCAUUUGCACUGAAAUGCCUUAUCAGCCUUUCCACUGUUAUAUUGCUUGGUCUCAUUAUAAUGUACCAUGCCCGGGAAAUCCAGCUGUUCAUGGUGGACAACGGGGCGGACGACUGGAGGAUAGCCAUGACGUACGAGCGGAUCUUCUUCAUCGUGCUGGAGCUGCUGGUCUGCGCCAUCCACCCCAUCCCCGGGCAGUACGUGUUCACCUGGACGGCGCGGCUGGCCUUCACCUACACGCCGUCGGUGGCGGACGCGGACGUGGACAUCAUCCUCUCCAUCCCCAUGUUCCUGCGGCUGUACCUGAUCGGCCGCGUCAUGCUGCUGCACAGCAAGCUCUUCACCGACGCCUCGUCCCGCAGCAUCGGCGCGCUCAACAAGAUCAACUUCAACACCCGCUUCGUCAUGAAGACCCUCAUGACCAUCUGCCCCGGCACCGUGCUCCUGGUCUUCAGCAUCUCGUCCUGGAUCAUCGCCGCGUGGACCGUGCGCGUCUGCGAGAGGUAUCAUGACAAACAGGAAGUCACCAGUAACUUCCUGGGAGCUAUGUGGCUAAUUUCUAUAACCUUCCUCUCGAUUGGCUAUGGAGACAUGGUACCUCACACAUACUGUGGAAAGGGGGUGUGUCUACUAACUGGAAUCAUGGGGGCUGGCUGCACUGCCCUGGUCGUUGCCGUGGUUGCCAGGAAGUUGGAGUUGACCAAGGCCGAGAAACAUGUUCACAACUUUAUGAUGGACACACAACUCUGCAAACGAGUCAAAAACACGGCUGCUAAUGUACUCAGGGAAACAUGGCUCAUCUACAAACACACCAAGCUGGUGAAGAAGAUCGACCACGCACGGGUGCGCAAACACCAGCGCAAGUUUCUGCAGGCCAUACACCAACUACGCAGUGUAAAAAUGGAGCAGAGGAAACUCAACGACCAGGCUAACACCCUAGUGGACUUGGCCAAGACGCAGAACGUGAUGUACGACCUGGUGUCCGAGCUGCAGGAGCGGAGCGAGGAGCUGGACAAGCGGAUCGGCACCCUGGAGGACAAGCUGGACUCCAUCACUGGCAGCCUGCAGGCCCUGCCCGGCCUGCUCUCUCAAGCCAUAACGCAGCAGCAGCGGGACUUCCUGGACGGCUUUGCGCACCGGUUCCGGCCGGCCUCGCUGGGCUCGGAGCGGUCCUGGACCCCGACCCGCCGGCGCCGCUCGCCCUCCACGGCCCCGCACACCUCCUCCGACAGCGGCUAGCCUCCCCGCGCCUCUGCCAUCCGACAACAAAAAACACUCACCGCCCCGGCUCCAGCGCAGACUGACU